CACUCAAAUUGUUGCUGGAAGCAGACGGUACUGUAGACGUCUGACUAGAUUUCGGGGCGUCUUACUCUCGUGGAGUGGGCUGUCGCUCCGGCGCUCGGAACUUGUUACCGGCUUUUCGGCCGCGAGGCCUGGAAGGAGGCUUAUUUAGGCGGCUUGAGAACGAUCCUGGGCGUCUGAGUGUUCCGCUCGUCACGCACUCAGCGCCAUGUCCUGGAUGUUCAAGAGAGAUCCUGUUUGGAAGUACUUGCAGACUGUCCAGUAUGGAGUCCAUGGAAAUUUUCCACGCCUCUCAUAUCCAACUUUCUUUCCUCGUUUUGAAUUUCAAGAUAUUAUUCCUCCAGAUGACUUCCUAACAAGUGAUGAAGAGUUAGAUUCAGUUUUAUUUGGAACUUUGAGAGGCCAUGUCGUUGGACUACGCUAUUACACAGGAGUAGUUAAUAAUAAUGAAAUGGUUGCAUUACAACGAGAGCCGAAUAACCCCUAUGAUAAGAAUGCAAUUAAAGUAAACAAUGUGAAUGGAAAUCAGGUUGGUCAUAUAAAGAAAGAUCUUGCAGCUGCCUUGGCCUAUAUCAUGGACAACAAAUUGGCACAAAUUGAAGGGGUAGUUCCUUUUGGUGCAAACAAUACUUUUACCAUGCCUCUGCAAAUGACAUUUUGGGGAAAAGAAGAAAAUAGAAAAGCAGUUUUAGAUGAGUUAAAGAAACGUGGAUUUAAAUUGGGACCUGCACCAAAAUCUUUAGGGUUCAGUUUGGAAAGUGGUUGGGGCACUGGAAGAGCUGGACCAAGCUACAGUAUGCCAGUUCAUGCUGCAGUACAGAUGACAACAGAACAGCUUAAGACUGAGUUUGACAAAUUGUUUGAAGAUUUAAAAGAAGAUGAUAAAACUCAGGAAAUGGAACCAGCUGAGGCUAUUGAAACACCAUUGCUUCCACAUCAAAAACAAGCUUUAGCUUGGAUGGUUUCACGGGAAAACAGUGAAGAACUUCCACCAUUCUGGGAACAGCGAAGUGACUUAUACUAUAACACAAUAACAAAUUUUUCUGAAAAGGACCGACCAGAAAAUGUUCAUGGAGGAAUUUUAGCUGAUGAUAUGGGUUUGGGCAAAACUCUGACAGCCAUUGCAGUGAUUCUUACCAACUUCCAUGAUGGCAAGUCUCUUCCUGUUGAAAGAGUUAAGAAAAAUCAACUGAAGAAGGAAUGUAAUGUUUAUGAUGAAUCUAUGGAAUUUGGAGGAAACAAUACCAGUGAAAAGGCAGCUGGACUAAUCAAAGGAUCUAGAUGUAGUGGAGAACCCAGUAUUUCAGAUGUCAAGGGAAAGAAUAAAUAUCCCAAAUCAGAAUUCUCUAGCUCCCGCCCCAAAAGGAGAAAACCUGCUGCUGUACAGUACACUGAAAGUAGUGAUUCAGAGGAAGUUGAACCAAGUGAAUUGCCACAGAAAAUGAAAGGCAAACUGAAAAGAACACAAUCAGAGACUAAAAUCAGAGUAAAAGCAGGGUCUUCUAAGGUUCAAGAGGAUGCAGAGUUUGAAUGUGCACUUACUUCAUCUACCCCUGCAGCAAAAAAGAAAAUGUUGAAAAAGGGAGCAUCUGCAGUGGAGAGUUCAAAGAAAACUGAUGUUGAAGAUAAACCAAGAACAACACUGAUCAUCUGUCCACUUUCUGUGUUAAGCAACUGGAUGGACCAGUUUGGACAACACAUAAAAUCAGAUGUGCACUUGAAUUUUUAUGUUUAUUAUGGUCCUGAUCGUGUUAGAGACCCAACCUUGCUUUCAAAACAGGAUAUUGUUUUGACUACAUACAAUAUUUUAACUCAUGACUAUGGUACUAAGGGUGAUAGUCCAUUACAUAGCAUAAGGUGGCUAAGAGUGAUCCUGGAUGAAGGACAUGCCAUACGAAAUCCAAAUGCUCAGCAAACAAAAGCUGUACUUGAUUUAGAAGCAGAAAGAAGAUGGGUUUUGACAGGCACUCCAAUUCAGAAUUCUUUAAAGGACUUGUGGUCUCUUCUUUCCUUUUUAAAACUUAAACCAUUUGUUGAUAGAGAAUGGUGGCAUAGAACAAUACAGCGUCCUGUCACAAUGGGAGAUGAAGCUGGACUUAGGCGUUUGCAGUCCCUAAUUAAAAAUAUUACACUUAGAAGAACAAAGACAAGCAAAAUUAAAGGAAAACCUGUUUUGGAGUUACCAGAACGUAAAGUAUUUAUUCAGCACAUUACACUUUCAGAUGAAGAGAGAAAGAUUUACCAGUCCGUGAAAAAUGAAGGCAAAGCUACUAUUGGAAGGUAUUUUAAUGAAGGCACUGUCCUUGCACACUAUGCAGAUGUCCUGGGUCUUUUGCUUAGAUUGCGGCAGAUUUGUUGUCAUACACACCUUCUUGCAAAUGCAGUGUCUUCCAGUGGUCCCUCAGGGAAUGAUACACCUGAAGAACUACGGAAGAAGUUAAUAAAGAAGAUGAAGUUAAUUCUGAGCUCAGGUUCUGAUGAAGAAUGUGCAAUUUGCUUGGACUCUUUAAUGGCUCCUGUCAUAACACAUUGUGCACAUGUCUUCUGUAAACCUUGUAUUUGUCAAGUCAUUCAGAAUGAGCAGCCUCAUGCUAAGUGCCCUUUGUGCAGAAGUGAUAUACAUGGAGACGGUUUAAUAGAAUGUCCUCCAGAAGAAUUGGCAUGCAACACUGAGAAAAAGUCUAAUAUGGAAUGGACAUCCAGUUCGAAGAUUAAUGCUCUAAUGCAUGCAUUGAUUGAUUUAAGAAAGAAGAACCCCAACAUAAAAAGUUUAGUUGUUUCUCAGUUUACAACAUUUUUGUCUUUAAUAGAAACUCCCCUCAGAGCCUCUGGAUUUGUAUUUACUCGUUUGGAUGGUUCCAUGGCCCAGAAAAAAAGAGUUGAAUCAAUUCAGUGUUUUCAAAACACUGAAGCAGGGUCUCCAACUAUAAUGCUUCUGUCCUUAAAAGCAGGUGGAGUUGGUUUGAAUCUUUCUGCAGCAUCUCGAGUUUUUUUAAUGGAUCCAGCCUGGAAUCCAGCUGCUGAAGAUCAGUGCUUUGACAGAUGCCAUAGACUUGGCCAGAAGCAAGAAGUUAUUAUCACAAAAUUCAUUGUGAAGGAUUCUGUUGAAGAAAACAUGCUGAAAAUACAAAACACAAAGAGAGAACUUGCAGCUGGAGCCUUUGGAACUAAGAAAACAAACGCGAGUGAAAUGAAACAAGCUAAAAUCAACGAAAUAAGAACUUUAAUUGAUUUAUAAAUUUGUGGAAUUUGGUAAGCUCAGUUUAAUCAGAUACAUACACAAGUUUUAGAAAUGAGAAAAGUGCAGUUCUAGAAAUGAUGUCUAGAGUAUGUCUUCUAAAAGGGGCAUAUUUUAUAUUAGUGAAGAGGUAUUACUAAUCGCCUUCUAUAUAUGAACCUAUUUUUAAUGAUACUUCAAAUAGCAAUAAGUUCUGUUAUAUGCCGUGGCCUAAAAUAAUUUUUGGAGGAGAAAAAGUUACUUUUAUUCAACUUUUCAUAUUAUCUAUGCUGAGUAUUUUCAUGUCUCUCCCAAGUACUCAGCUUUUUCAUAUUUCCAAAAAAGUCAAACCUUUUAUACUUUUGACCAAAUAGAGAGUUAUUUUCUAUGUUGACACAUUUGGUUAGUCACCAAAGCCUCCCAUUUGUGAUGCUAUGGAUUCACAGUCCUUGUAAACGAUUAAUAUGUACACAGACUAUACAAGAGAUUGAUUUUAUUGGACCUUUGAAAACCACAUAUGCAUUCCAGAACAUUAAAUGAGAGACCAAAGUCCAGGUUAGCAGGUUACCUGGUUUUUGUUUGGUUUUGUUCAUAUAUGUGUGUGUGUGUUGGUUUCUUUGUUUAUUUUUCUUUUCACAGUAUCAUUGAGAUAAAAUUCAAAUAAGUGACUUACAAGUCUAUGUUCAUGAAAAAAAUUAGGGUUUGUGUUAGAGCACAAUUUCUCCAUUUAGUCAGGUGGUAUUAUUCUUUUUAUUUAAAUGUAACUUGAUGUGUUAGUGUGUAAAUACAGUCUGUGGGGAUGAGAAGGAACCAGUUUUGCCCAAUUUGAUUUGACUAUUUAAAUUAUGGAAUUGCUGAAUAGAUAUUUCUAUAUAUAGAUAAUAUUAUUUAUGUGCUUUUAAAAAAAACUUUAUAAAUUUUUAUAAUUCAGAAGACUACUGUAUGUGAGAGGCAUGAUAUCUGGAUGGAAGUUGGGCUGGAUGACCUCCAAAAUUCUUUCAACUUUUAAAGACAUCUUAAUCCCUAAAUGGAGAAUUUUCUUUGAUAUUAUGUUUAGAAUCAGAGUUUGAUUUUGGAACUUGAAUAAUUUACCCUUACACCUACCUACAGAAUCAGUCAUCAUUUUCCUACUUUUUUGUUAAUAAUGAAACAGUAGCUGCCACAGAAUUCUUGAUAACUCUUUUAGUCACAUUUAAAACAAACUAUAACUUUAUCAAUCAGGUUAGGUAGUAAGUGGUGUUUUUUCCUUAAGGGAAACUUUAUUUUUAAUGCAAAGAAGGAAGAAAUUGAUCACUAUAACAGGAGAAGCUUCAUGUUUGAUGACACAAAUUUAAGAACACGAGGUAAUAAGUGGUGUUUUUUCCUUAAGGGAAACUUUAUUUUUAAUCCAAAGAAGGAAGAAAUUGAUCACUAUAACAGGAGAAGCUUCAUGUUUGAUGACACAAAUUUAAGAACACCUUAUAUUUUACUUACAGUGUUGGAAGUAACUUGACUGAAAGAUAAGAGGAGAUUGGAGGCAGGGUUGUAUUCUAGGGCACAUAUCUUAGAUUUAACACAUAUUUUAUCACCAGCUAAAUCCUUCCCUUCUCUGAGCCCUAUUCUUUGCUCUAAGGGAACAGUGGAUUAGACAGCAAGAAUCUUCCCAGGCCUUUUUCUCUCCAGCAGCAGGUGAUGAAAAGGACCAAUAGACCUUGCUGCAACGAUGAGAAUGGAAUUAUAAUUUGAGGUUGGUCCACUAGCAUAAGGAGUGAUAGAGAAGAACUAGCACAAAAAAUCAAGUUGAUCAGGAUCUCAUAAAACAUGAUAGGUAUAUGGGUUCUCAGUAUACCAAUACUCCUGUAAGAUUAAGUAUAAAAAGAAUUUGCAGCAAAAAACACAACUCUACUCUCCUUGCUUACAAAGGCAAAACCUUACAAACUCAUUGUAAAGUGAAGACUGCUUCUUUACCCAAACAUUUACAGACUUCUGUUUUUAAACAUAUUCAUGUGACAAGUCAUUUAAAAAAUACCUUUUUGGUUUUGUACAGUUCUGUUAAGUGGUGUUAAAUAAAAAACAAAUUCAUCCUAUGAAAAUAUAUAAACUACUGGAAUGAAAAAUUCACAUUAUGUUUAUGCUGUUAACACUGUUUCAUUAUUAUGUAGAGUAAUAGCUUUAGAAAUAUCUUGAAAAUACUGUGUUUCCACUUGUGGUUCAAACUGGAUUUUGUUUUAAAUUCAAAAUUAAUAAAAGUUUCAAAAAUUA